CUUGAUCCAGAGGACACCUAUAGGAUGAAAGAUUACAAUAUACCCAGCUCGCACAGUGGUGAAGUCCGCGUCCGUACGCUCGUUCCUACGGCGUUUGACUCGGACAAGGAGCAUAAGUACCCGCUUCUCAUUUUUAUGCACGGCGGUGGAAUGGCCGCCGGGAGUAUUCGUAUGGAGGACUACCGGAUGCGCAAUCUCUGCGUGCGUCUGAAUAUGUCAGUUGUGAAUGUAGACUACCGCCUCGCUCCAGAGUACCCUUUCCCCACUGCCAUCAACGACUGCUACAGCGCACUAAAAUGGGUGCGUCGUCCCUUUCUUUCGAGUUCUGAACCGAUGCAUAAUGCCGAUCUCCUCUCGGCAUCGAUCCAGAAUGUUGUAGUUGGCGGAACAUCCUCGGGUGCAAAUCUCGCCGCGGUGUUGGCCCAACGAGCCAGCCAGGACGAGUUCUUUGCCCUCCAUAAUGCUCGUCUUAAGGGACAGAUCCUCUGUAUGCCGAUGCUCUGCCACCCAGAUGCGUAUCCUCACGAGUUUAAACCUUACCUUCGUUCGUUCAGGAGCCCAAAGUUCGUAAACGGUGAUGGGAUGAUAACCGAAGAGUCUCAACGCAGAUCAUACAGGCCGAUCGCCAAUCCAGAGAUCUCCCCCCUCCUGUUCGCGGACCGCAAGUCCCUCCCUCCACUUGUCGCGAUGGUCUCGGGCGUCGACCCGACCUGCGACGAGGGGUUGUUGCACGAACGUCUUGUUAGAGAGGCAGGAGUGAGGACGAAACUUUAUACGUACCCGGGCGCGCCACAUGUGCAUUACUACUGUUGGCCAACGUUGAAGGCUUCGAUGCAAGCCUUGGAGGAUACGCACGCUGGCAUACAGUGGUUGCUC